UAUAGGAGCAAGGAUUUAUGUCAUUUGUUUGACAGUUUCCGAGAAGGUGUAUUAUCAAUAAUACAUUUUUUUAUUACCAUCCAGAUGUUUCUUAAAUUUUUCUUUUAUUUGUUUAUCUGUGAUAAUGUAGUAAUAACUUCUAAGUCUCCUUUAGUGCAAUGUUAAAAAUAUUACAGGAAGAGUGGGCUAUUUUUAGUUGAGUGGUGGAAUCAUUAACUUCAAAACAGGUCAUGAUAACAAAGGAAUAUCAAUAAAUUGUAAAAAAAAUCAACCAUAAUGAACAAUAAACGUAAGUCAGUGUUUAGAGAAGUUUACAAUCGACAGUAUAAAAAUAAAAUCACCAAACUUUGGGAUAAUGCAAAAGAUGACGAGAGCUUAGUUCAACGAUUAGGCCUUCUUAAAAGUUUGCCUAUCCAUCAAGGUUGUGUAAAUACUAUUUGUUGGAACGAAAGUGGAGAAUAUAUCCUAUCAGGGUCAGACGAUCAAAACCUAGUUAUAACAAACGGUCACAACUACAAAGUCAAAGCAAAUUACUGCACUAGUCAUCAUGCCAAUAUUUUUAGUGCUAAAUUUUUACCUUGUACAAAUGACAUGCAAAUUGUGUCCUGCUCUGGAGAUGGGAUUAUUCUUCAUACAGAUCUAAAUAGACCUCAAGAAACUUAUGACAACCAAUUCAACUGUCACGCUGGAACAACUACUUAUGAAGUUAUUACUAUUCCGAAUGACCCCUAUUCAUUUUUAAGUUGUGGAGAGGAUGGCACCGUUCGCUGGUUCGAUUUAAGAACUAAAUCAAGUUGUGACAAACAACGAUGCAAGGAGGAUAUUUUAGUAUCAUGUCAAAGGGCAGUGACGGCACUAGCCAUCAGUCCCACCGCCUCCCACCAGCUUGCGAUUGGCUGCGCAGAUUCAACGGUUCGCAUAUACGACAGAAGAUACCUGAGUACUCAACCCGGAGAGCAUCUGCUAGCUCAACCGUUCUGCACGUUUGUUGCUCCACAUUUUGGGGACGACAGGCACUACAGAAUUACGUCUCUGAGCUACAGCAAUGACGGACAGGAUAUGCUUGUCAGUUAUUCUUCAGACUAUCUGUAUUUGUUUAAUGUUCAGGAAACCACUCGUACUGAAUUAAGGAAGCCCAUGAAGAAAAUGUCACCCUGGGACAAAAUCAAGGCUGUGACUGGUAAGCGAGAGAGAUUAUCUCCACCCCCAGUUAGAAGAUUGAGACUGCGUGGCGAUUGGUCCGAUACUGGGCCAGACGCACGUCCUGAAAGGGAUACCACAACAACUGUCAGUAUUGGACAGGCUAGGCCUCAGUUACAGGCGACUCUAAUGCAACGAAUGACCGACGUGUUGUCUCGCAUGCUCAACGAUCCCAUGACGAGGGCCGCCUUGAGUGCGGGCGGAGAGGAUUCGUUAGAUCCUGAUGAGAAUGCUCAGAGAAUUCUUGAAAAUAGGGAAGGAAACCCAUCAACCCCUCAAGAAGAAAGUAGCAGUAUGGAAACGGAUCAGCCGGCUCAAAGUCAAGCAGCGGGAUCAUCGAACGUAACUCAAGACAGCGCAACUUGCAACCCCGACGGCACACCGAGAACCUCCUCCACGUUGGGAAGCCACCUGCAUAGUCACCUUACGGUGUUGAGGAACCUGCGGGAAGGCUUCAUAGAGCAGCACGGGGCCGAACCGUCCGUUAGCUUUCGAUAUUCUCAGCAGAGUACGUCCAAUUCCACGAUUAGCCUCAGAGUUGGCAACGAGGUCAAUAAUAGAAACUUCGAGGAGGAAUCUGCUACGGGUGGUCCUUCCACUUCGAUGGACGACGGCAAUAGUACUGCCGAAGGCAUCACCGAACAAAUGAAUACCGAUGCCGAGCUGGAUUACGAAGAAGAAGACGAGGAGGAGAGCGUAACUUCCGAGCCCGCAGAUAAAAAGACUGAGGAAAAACAUAACAUCUUCGAAGCAGAAAUGAAAAUGAAGUACGUGGGACACAGAAAUGCUAGGACGAUGAUCAAGGAAGCCACCUUCUGGGGUAACGAUUACGUCAUGUCGGGUUCGGAUUGUGGACACGUUUUCAUCUGGAACCGUCACACCGCCGAACUGAAGAUGCUGCUGCAGGCCGACCAGCACGUCGUCAACUGUCUCCAACCCCAUCCCACCCUGCCUAUUCUUGCCACGAGCGGCAUCGACCAUGACAUUAAACUGUGGGCCCCCAUCCUGGAGGAACCUUCCUUUGACACCAAAAUGGCGGACGAUUUGAUCAACCGCAACGCCAUCAUGUUAGAGGAGACAAGGGACACGAUAACGGUACCCGCGGCCUUCAUGAUCAGAAUGUUGGCCUGUCUCAAUCAAAUCAGGAGGGGGGCUAGAGUUAGGUCCAACAGACGACGGGACGAGGAGGAGAGUUAAUUUAAAUGUGUAUUAUUUAUAUCGUACGAAUUUUAACAAAUUGUAUAUUUUUCCAUUUAAAAUAUAAUUCGAAUCUGCUUAUUGGAUUGUUGGACGUACUAGUUUUUUUUAUAUAUAUAUAUAUCUUAGUUCAAAUAAUAGCCAGCGUAGCUAAUGUUUCCACCUCUCAAGUACAGUUGAGUGUUUGUACUAUUACUAUUAAAUGCCAGUUUCUCCAUUAACUCGUGCACUAGGCAGUUUUAAUAUUUGUUAAAUUAAUAUGGUAAAAACACGUUUUACUGCUGGAACGGUAAAGUUUUGUCGUCUAAAUUGUACUGGACUUGAAUUUUGAUUGUGAUUGUAUAAAUUUAAAAUAUAUGUAAAUAUAGAAUUACAAAUUA